GCUGACAGCUCGGAGAUGUAUUGUUUUAGUAUUAGUUAGAGCGUUGUUUGUUCUGUGAUUGAACAGUAAUUCAGUAACCUCGUUAGAGCUGUUCAAAGAGGUUCUGCGGACGCUGUAAUCAGAAGAGAAUUAAGCAUAUUUAUAUGAUCACGUGAUGCGAUUAUGUCACUGUUUACUACCCAGCUCGAACUGCAAUCAGCUCGCGUUCUCUGUUUCCUCCCCGUCUGAUCUUCUCACACGAGAACAAGUUCACCUCUCGGUUCCAAGAUAUGGACAGUUCAACGACCAAGAAGCGAGACUCUGAAAGUCCAUCGCGUAAAGAAAUGUCUGCUUUGCGCAGGUUCUUCACAAACACGUUCGCCCGUCGUCGUCGUCGCGGCAAUCGCGGGAAGACCCCCGGUGCUUCCUCGAUCUUCAACGCGACUGAGGAUCCGGCUGUUGUCGAUGAAGACUCUAAGCACGGCGAUGGCGAUACCCCUGUUGCAAACACCGAGUCUUUUUUCCAUGAAGAUUCUGCACCUCAUGGCUCUCUUUGGCGAUAUACUCCUCAUCCGGCGACUCAGCUCGCGCAGGCCAUCGCGACACAGGCUAACAUCAAUGAGGGCUGUCUUACUCCGAAGAAGCUCACUGAUACUACGCCGUCUGUGGAAAAGUCCGAGUCGUCAGCCCUGGCAGCUGGAUCCCAAGGUGGACUGUCUACUGUGUUGUCUCUCCAGCUGGCAGCAAAGGAAGCGUCUGAUUGCUACAACGACUUCAUGGUAAACUACGCCAGCGGCUUCUACAAUUUCUCAGUGAACUUGCCCAAGCCGCUUGGACUUCCUGCAGACCUAAAGUUUUUUGUUCCUCCGAAACCUAUCGACGAAGGCACUCGACUUGCUGAAGUGAAGCGUUACAGAGUUGCCUUCACGCGUCAGUCCGUUAAAGCCAUCGAGCGACUCAUUGUCGCUGCUCGAUCUCUGUUCAAGGUCAAAUGUGCAACAGUCUCGGUUAUGCUUGAGGACAGGCAGUUGAUCAUCUGCGGUGCUGGUAUGAAGCGCAUCCGGGAGAUCCCUCGUGCGCAAUCUCUGGAAGGGCAUACCUUGCUUUCGAGUUUUCCUGUCGUCAUCAGCUCUACUGCCGAUGACUGGCGGUUCGCAAACCACCCGCUUGUAAAGGAAUUUCCCCACAUUGGUUUCUGGGCAUCGGCGCCAUUGAUCUCGCCUUCAGGCCACGUUAUUGGAGCAUUUAGCGUCUUUAGUCAUAUGGCUCGUCCUGAUUUCGACGCAAGCAACUGCAGAAGACUACAGGAAUUUUCUGAAAGCACGGUCAGGCUGCUGGAUGACGAACUUGAAUCGAGAAAGAAUGACUCGAAAAGUGAGGUUUUUGAUUCAUUACUCCAUUAUCCUAAUGAUUCCAGCGACAUGUACUCCGCCGAAGAGUUUGAUUUCCCUACGCCGAAAGAACAAGACGCAUUUCUUUCCUAUCGAGAUAUUCAAAGCUCAUCGCUCCAACUUUCCCGUUCGGUUUCGAAAUCCACCGGAAGAGGAUUCCGAUACAAAUCCAAGACAAACAUGACCAAUGUGUUUCAUCUGUUUGCUGAGAUCAUCGCGCUGAGUCUUGGAUAUGAUACCAUCGUUUUGGUGGAAGUUCGGAAGCCUGAAGAUACCGACGGCGCUGCCGGUGCUGCUCAACCGAAAAAUGAGAUUCUUGUUUUGUCUGCCUAUGGCAUUGAUUUGAAUACCGCUCAGCUUCAGCUGCCCACGCGCGAGCUCGCUCUUGAGGCUCUGAAUUCUGAAUGUGGAAUAUACUCUCACUCACUGUUCGUUAGCUCCUGAACAUAUACCCAUAUCUGUCUUUUUGUCGACUAGCUGUCUAUUCUAGUCUCUGCUGCACGUUACUUAUAUCUAAUCAUUACUUCUAGGUCUUCUGAUCCCAGCGGGAUAUUCUGUUCCAUCUUCCCUGUCCGACGGUUCUUCUUCUCGGUGGAGAACAACGCCAACAG